CGAUUCAGGCAACAAAUCUGCUUUAGUAGCCACCAUUAAGGUCAAAGGUUAAAACAAAAUGGCAGCCGCUCCUGAAAGAAUUUUGCCGACGAGUGAAGAAUGUGUCUAUACGGCUUGUUAUUGUGAGGAGAAUAUCUACAAGUUAUGUGAGUGGAUCCGAGACAACACUUCUCACCUUCAGGAGUUCUAUGUGGUCUUCAUCUCCAAUGCUGCCCAACAGGUUCCUUUGUGGAUGCAGAGAGCAGGUAGACAAUAUGGCCCUGGAAAGCCUGUGGUGUGGGACUACCAUGUUGUCCUCCUACACCAGAGAGAGGGGCAGCAGACUGAUGUGUAUGAUCUAGACUCCAUGUUGCCUUUCCCUUGCAACUUCUCCCGGUACUGCACUGCUACCUUCCAUAGUGAUGAAGAGCUCAGGCCUCAGUUCCACAGGAAGUUCCGUGUGGUUCCUGCCUCAGACUACCUGCUGAUCUUUGCCUCGGACAGGUCUCACAUGAGGGUUGCUGGGGGUUGGAUGUCUCCUCCACCCGAGUACCCCUGUAUCCAGACUGAUCAGAGUGCUAUGAAUCUGCCGAUGUUCAUCGACAUGAGUCCCAACACUUUUGUUGGAGAAAUUCUCAACCUCAAAACUUUCAGACUUCGCUUUCGGACACCAACGGUGGAGGAACAAGCCCUGGCCCCAGAUCCUAGUUAAUGUGUCUAAUGUAGCCAUGCUAAUGUGUGCAUUGUGCUUGGGAUUCACCGAUAGGAUGUCUGCAUGUGAUGUCACGGAGGCCGUGCUGAUUGGUUAAGCCUGGAAGAGUCAGUAAAUUUGAAAUGCCAUGAUUGUAAUUACAAGUUACAGCAAAUCUUGGAACUUUCCCAGGGAUUUUAUCUUUGCAGUUUUUAUGGUUACCUUUCCAUUACUGAUUCAUGACACCAUUACAAUGUCUCCCUUGUAUGACUACUGUGCCACAGAAUUGUUUAAACCGCAAUUUUGAAGUACCAAAAAACCUCCUUUUCCUAUCUCAAAAUAAAACCACUACAAAAGUAACUGAAUUUACAGUACAUUGUAUUCAGAUUACAUGGCAUCUUCCAGCUGUAGCUAUCCAACAUGACAGACAGUAUGUAGACUAGUAUAACAUCAGCACAUACAUCUGAUAUUGAUAGUAUAUUCUCAUGAUACUCAAUAAGAAUACCCUUUUUGGUGUAUCAACUGAAUACCUCCAGACCAAUAUUUGCAUGGGUGUAUGAAACAUUAGAUGUAGAUUAUACCACAAGUACUGUGACAAACUGAUAAGUGUUUAGAAAUACAAGUUCAACUAAUGCUAUAAUAUAUAUACUAUUUCCUUGUGCAACAUUUUAGUUCUUUAUCAGGGCAUUGUAAAUAGGUGUUUUUUCUGCAUGUAAGUUUGUUUUGAAUAACAAACUGUUAAAUGCUUAGUCACCUUCACCUAUGAUAUUUUUGUCAUAGAUUUUCAAUAAAGCUAUGAAAGAAUUGACCACUGAUUAGAAUCUGUCUUUUCUUAAUGCCCUCAUUUUUCUGUCGACAUGUCAUGAGACAAAUGUGACCACAACCUCACUGACACUUUCUGGAAAUUAUAAUCUGAAUAGUGUGGCAUAAAAGGUCCAUACAUCCCAUACUAUAGGUAGGUCAAGGAAAUAUUCAGUCUCAAAUCUCACAACAUUGCCAUUUUUCUUCCAACCUGUUGUCCUAUAUAGAUUACUACUAUACCGCACCAUAGUAUAUAUUGCUGUUUGUGUGAUUAUUCAUGGCAUACUUUGUCAGUGGUAAAUGUGAUGUAUUGUGAAUCAAGUAAUAAAGAUCAAUGCCUGUC